AUGUUUAUGAGGGAACACACCUAUUUACGCAUUUCACUCACAGAAAAGUGCAACUUCCGAUGUGAGCGCUAGAAUUUUGACUGGAAAUGCAAAACAACUAUUUUAGGUCUUUACUGCAUGCCCGCAGAGGGAGUUCCCCUAAAACCGAAAGACAAAAUGCUGACGAAUGAUGAGAUUUUGAGACUUGUCAAGUUGUUCGCCGCUCAUGGAGUGGACAAAGUUCGUUUGACUGGCGGUGAGCCGACGAUCAGAAAAGAUAUUGUGCAAAUUGUCGGUAUGUGGCAUACCUCCCUCGGGAAUUUUUGAGAUCUUAAAACUUCAGAGGGAAUCGCAUCAACACGAGGAAUUAAGGACGUGGGAGUCACUACAAACGGCCUGGUCUUGCCGAGAUUUCUCCCGGAUUUGAAACUGGCGGGUCUCACAAAGGUUUAUUGAACUAAGACUUCACAAAAUUCAACACACAUCAAACUUCAGAUAAAUAUCAGUAUAGACUCUCUGGAUAAACAAAAAUUCGCGAAAAUGACCAGAAGAGACGGGUUUGAUAAAGUUUGGAGAGCAAUCGAACUGGCCAGAGAACAUUUUCCGAAAGUAAAGGUACAAUCUCUUAUCAGACAGAUUAUUAUUUGAAAAUUCUACAAAUUCAGCUAAAUGUAGUCGUUAUGCGAAAUCAGAAUGAGAAUGAAGUGGUGGACUUUGUGGAUCUGACUCAGGACCGCAAUUUGGAUGUGAGAUUCAUCGAGUUCAUGCCGUUUGGAGGGAAUCAAUUUGCGAAUGAUCAAUUUUUUGGGUAUAGGGACAUGUUGAAGAUGAUUGUAGAGAGAUAUGGAGGGAAAGUGAUCAGACUUUUGGAUUCACCUAAUGAUACUACCAAGGUACUCGUUAGGAUAUUGCUUUUAUUAUAACGUUUCUCCUUUAGGCCUACAAAAUUGAAAACUUCAAAGGACAGUUCGGUUUCAUCACUUCAAUGACGGAUCACUUUUGUAACACUUGUAAUCGCCUCCGCAUAACAGCCGACGGAAACUUGAAAGUGAGUCGGAUUGGAUUGUCUCUCGUUUUUUCUGCCACAUUACCCCAUCAAAUUCUGCCAGCUGCGAAUCAUGAAAUCUCGGCGAGACGUUCGUUUCCCUCCACCACAUGACAUCGUUAUUCAUCCCCUUCUCUUUCUCAUUAUAGCUCUUUCGUCCUUCCGCUCAAGGCCGCUUUCUUCCCCUCUCUCUCUCUCUUUCUCGUUUUCUCAGUUUCUAUGUACAUGUUGUCUUUGAGUUCUCCUUGGUAACUAACAUUUGGAGUUAGAUAGAGAAGGUGGAGACAUUUUUAAGCGCAGAUAAUGUGAAACAUAGCAUUUUUUCUUCGAAGCCAGCAAAACUGCGAAAGCCGCCGCGAUCCGUCUUCCGUUCGUCGCCAGCGGCACACUCUCCCUCCACCUGCCCCUCUAUUUUCCUCAUUUUCGCUCGCUCUCUCCCUUCCAGUCAUUCUUUUUCUUAUUUUAACAUCAUGUUCCGCCCGCUUCUCUCGCCGCCGACUUGCUGGUUAGCACCCCCUCGGAUACUUAUUGAAAACAAACUUUUCAUUUAAAAAUUGUUUUUUUCAGGUAUGUCUGCAUGGUAAUUCAGAAGUGAGCCUCCGUGAUCGGAUUCGAGGAGGGGAUUCCGAUGAGCAGCUCUCGGAAAUCAUUCAAAAAGCGGUUAAUAACAAAAAAGCGAGGCAUGCCGGUGAGUAAAAUUUCUGUUUUUCCGCCCAUUCUGUGAAAUAUUUCAGUUUUCAGGUAUGGACGCUUUGAAGAGCAUGCCCAACCGCCCAAUGAUCCUAAUCGGAGGCUGAGCACAGGUACUUGCAAGCGCCUCCUAACUUUUAAAAGUUAAAGACAAAAACAAUUUUCAGAGCUCCCCAUCACAGCUUGCUCAUAUCUUGGUCACUUAUCAUCUAGUUCGCUUCAAAAUAGUCACUUUGCUCUACCUUCUCACUUUUCAACUCUUCUUCACUCACCUUCAAAAAAUUUCCUUCAAACUCGCGCAUACUCCACAUCAUUCACAGGUGAUAUUUGGUUUCUCCCAUUUCUGCAAAACAUCGCAUUUCGCGCACCGCCAACUCAACAUUAAUUAGAGUAGCUUUCGCAUCUAUAAUUUGGGUUUUUCAGCAAACUCCGCGCUCACACAUGUUGACAGCAACGGUCACGCCAAACAAGUUGACGUUUCUGAUAAAGCGAUAACUACCAGAACGGCAAUUGCGAGGGGAACUAUUGUUGUGAGGAAAUAACAUUAAAUCCUUAAAUCCUCGAAGUUUUUAGUUAACUUCUGAGGUUUCCCGUCGAAUCACCGAAAAUAACAUCAAAAAGGGUGAUGUGUUGACUGUUGCAAAGGUGAGCUCACACUUUCCGUAAUGAAAUAAUUCGAAUCGGAAGCUUUUACACACCACUUUCAGAUCGCCAGCAUCUUGGGUGCAAAACAGGUUGCAAAUCUGAUUCCAUUAUGUCAUCCCAUACGUCUUGACUUCGUCGACACCGUCUUUGAACAUGACACCGAUAAAGCUCAGCUUCACGUGACGUCUACCGCAAAAUGCUCUGGAAACACUGGAGUUGAAAUGGAAGCGCUAACUGCUUGCACGGUCAGUACGGAUUGAGAUUUAAUUCUAGAAAAAGAAAAAACAUGUCGUUCAGGUCGCUCUUCUCACAGUCUACGACAUGUGCAAGGCAGUGAGCCAACAGAUGGUACUCACCAACAUCCAACUCGUUCACAAGUCGGGCGGCAAGACAACGUAUAAUCUUGACAUUGAUAAUCAGAUUUGA